AUGGCAUUACCAUUGCUUUCACUGAAUGGUCACGAAUUCCAAUUAUUCCAAUGGCGUCUAGUGACAGUAUUGACGAGACAUAGAGGAGCAAAUAUACAACCAGUUCUUAUUUAUUUCAAUCUUCUUUUCUGUUAUUUGAAAGCGAUCAAAAGUGGAUCCAAUCCCCAUCCACCAAUUUUAUCUCAUCCUCAACAUCCACAUAAUCAUCCCGGACGUUUUCCAACUAUGCCACCACGCGAUUUACAUUUCCCAUCUCAGCCUAUGCGACAAUAUCGACCAUCUCUACCUUCUCCAGAAUAUCGAAUAUAUGAUUUAAACAAACGUUUAUCUAUGAGAUCUGAAGAAUGUGAUAGUCUUUGGUGGGAUUCAUUUGCCAAUGAAUUUUUCGAAGAAGAUUCAGCAAUUAUUCUCUCGAUAUGUCUCGACGAUGGACCAAAACGAUUUCAUAUCGGCCGUGUUUUAAUUCCACGAUUUUUCCGUGUUUUAUUCGAUGGCGGCGUUAACGAAGUCUAUUUUCUUCUAAAACAUUCGAAAGAAAUGUUCCAUAAUACAACGCUGACAAUCGAUUGUGAACAAGGCUCAUUGAUCACCUGUUUUGGAAAGCCAUCACAUAUUAAAGUUUGCAUCGAAGGACAUUUUAACAUCGAGUUUACCUAUGAUGAUUUGAUGCGUAUUAAAUCAUGGCAUUUUUCGAUCAAACAACACCGAGAAUUAAUUCCAAGAAGUGUUGUUGCUAUUCCGACUGAUAAUCCAACUUAUCUUGAUCAACUAUCGAAAAAUUAUACUCGACAUGGUUUGACAACUUCGAUGUUGAAUUUCCUUCGAUUGUGCGAAAUUCUCGAACCAAUGCAAGAAAUUAUGUCUCGUCAUAAAACGACGGCUUUCUCUCCACGCGAUUGCUUGAAAACGAUCUUACAUCAGCGCUGGUCGAAAACUUGUUCAGAUAACCGACCAGCGGCCAAAACGCGACGAAAACGAAAAACCGCAGUAGGAAAUAACAAUGCACCAGGUAGUAAAGAUUCAGCUGGACCCAAUUGUACAACACCUGCAAAGAAACGCUCGCCGGCGAAUAAUGUCUAUUCUCAACCUCCAACUCAAGGAUUAAACAACAUGCCCGGGGAUGUUAUGAUUGUUGGCGAACCAUCUCUGAUGGGUGGUGAAAUGGAUGAUGAAGAUGAACGUUUUAUAACACGUCUCGAAAAUGCUCAAUAUGAUCUAAAUGGUAUGGCCCUCCAACAAUUUAACUCUUCCAAUCAACAACUGACACCGGGUUUUCAACAAAAUCCAAAUCUGCAAUCAUUACUUCAUCCGAAACAACAAUUCUUAUCCAAUUCGAAUCAAAUCAAACGAGAACAAAUCUCAUUUCCUGGUUCACCAUCCCAACAACAACUACCGUCCAUGUUCGCAAAUAAUGCUUUAACGCCGAAUGGUGUUAACUCAUUGUCGAAUGGAGAAUUGUCAUCAAUACCAGGAAAACGACUUUCAUCAACAAAUAUCAAUUCUCCACAAACGCCUUCCGCAAAUAACAUUCAUAAUCAGACUUCUUCGGCUCCGGCACCUUCAACUCCGACGAAUUCUUCCUGGAAUAACUCAUCUUCUUCCACAUCUGUAAAUUCGAUUGCUAUCGAGAAAAAGCAGGAGCCUCAUACACCACCCGUUACUCCGCAACAAACUAUUGUAACUGCUUCAUAG